AUGGAUGAUCAACCCGUCGAAGAAAUGAUGCUGGAUAUGCCGAAAGAAAACGAGGAUGUUAUAAGGAGUAGAACGGGUGUCUACGUCAUCUUGGAAAGACUUGGAAAAGGAGCGUUUGGUGCAGUUUUUCGCGUCCGCCGUGUGCAAGACAAUAGCGAAUUAGCCAUGAAGUGCGAAUCAUGCAAAUCAAAACGACAGAUAAUCAAACAUGAAGCCAAAGUUUUUGAAAGUCUGAAGCAGGUAAACUCACCACACUUUUUGCAUCUAUUGGAUCGCGGAAAAGUAACAGAACGCUUUAAUUUUAUUGUUAUGAAGUUGCUUGGCAAAAACCUAUGGGAUUUACGAGUAGAAAAUAUGUACCAUCGUUUUUCACUAGUUACAGCAAUCAGGGCUGGAGAACAGACACUUGCUGGGAUACGAGAUCUACACAUCUGCGGCUAUAUCCAUCGUGACAUCAAACCGACAAACUUCGCAGUAGGUCGAGAAGAGGACGGAGAUCAGCACACAAUCUACAUACUAGAUUUUGGUUUAAGCCGACAAUAUAGAAGUUCUGGAAAAGAUUUACGCUAUCAGCGAGUCAGAGCUGCAUUUCGCGGUACAGCAAGAUAUGCAAGCAUAGCGGCUCUGAAUCAGAAGGAACAAAGCCGUAAAGAUGAUGUCGAAUCGUGGUGGUAUAUGGUUGUUGAGUGGACAACUGGGUACUUGCCGUGGCGUCAUUGCAAGGGCGUAGAAAAGGACGCUGUAAUCAAUCAAAAGAUACAAAUACGGGAACGUGCUAAUCUUGAAAAGAUACUUGAAUAUGGUCCUGUUGAAUACAUGCUCAGCAUAAUUCUCUACAUCGACACAUUAAAUUAUGCAUCAAUACCCGAUUACGAUCACAUUGCGGCACAACUCGAAGCAGCUUCGGAGGCUUAUAACUUGAAAUACGCCGAUCCACCUGAAUGGGACACACUAAGCGCAUAUCUGGGGCCACGCUAUGAAAAGAAUGUUCCAUACGAACUGAAAUGUAAAGACAUUUUUCUAAUCGCACUCUUUCGCUCAUCGUUGUUUAUUUCAGAAUCACAGCUGAGAAGAAAUGUUUACGGAAGCUGUAUCUUACAUACACAAACUUAA